AUGAGCACAGGCUCCAAAGAUCUGGAGGUCUUCAGGACUCAGCAGCCCACCUCCACCUUCUACCCUGAGGGGCUGGAGGCAUUGGACGGUAAACAGCUCCAGAGUGGUGGGGUGAAGUGAGCCGUGCAGACAGGCCCACAUAGACACCCAGCGUACAGGGCUAAAAGAGGCUAAACGCUCCCAGCUGUGGCAUUAAGGACACAGAACAAGGCCUCUCAAGGGACCGAGAGGGGAUCUGUUGAAAACCCCCUUUAGCCUCUCUCUCUCUUAAUGGCCAGCUUUUAAAUCAGGUUAGGUGAGAGGGAGUUGGCGACUUUGCUGCCUGGUUUUGGAUUGCAGUCUCUCUCGGUCUCUCUGCUCCGCACACACACAUGCAGGUGUACACACACACACGCACUCACACACACACACACACACAAACACACACAUUUAUCUCUGCUUUUCAGGUUCUAUUGUGUAAGAGAUUGAUGUCUGCUUUCUCCCUGGGCCUGAUUUGACGUAUUAUUUCUCAGUAACUAUAUUGAUAUAGUCAAGCUUCUGUAAUCUGCAGCAUGUCGGAGAUGCAUACACAGACCCUAUCGUAACCUUUGUACUGUAAUCUUCUCAGUCCUCCAUCAUCCUGAGUAAAGAUAGCAUCACAAUGAUUGUCUAGGAAUUUAGACUAAGGAUGCGUCCCAAAUGGCACCCUAAUCCCUACAUAGUGCACUUCUUUUGACCAGUCCUAUGGGCCCUGGCCUAAAGUAGUGCACUAUAAAGGGAAUAGGGUGUCACUGGGGACGUACCCUGAGGGUUGUAUUUAGAAACAUUCAAGAGCAGCAGAGUUUACAUACCUGACCAUGGACCUUCACGUCCCGCUCUAGUUCAGCUACUAGGCUAUCGCGUCUAUCUGGUGGAUGAUAGAUGACUGUUUAUGUAUCUUAUAUAGGACUAUGCUCGUUUUUACAGAAUUUGCUGUACCAUCACCGUAUGUUGUGUCAAUGUUUUUGGUCUUCAUGAGCUGAAUUUCAUUUCGCCAUAACAUCUGUUGAUGUCGAAACCAACCAAGUUUGACUGCGUUCAUCGUAUGAGCUUUAACAUUUCUAGAAGAGAUCAAAUUCUCUUGAGAACUGGAGUUGUUUCUAGUCAAUCCCUCCACAUAUGAACGUUUCCUAAGGUGUUACUUACAUGGCACUUCAGCUGGGAUGUGUAUGGAGAGCUGAGACAGGACCAGAUAAGCCCCCAGCUGUUCAAUGAGAGUAGUGCUGAAUCCAUGCCUAAUCUCUGGCGCAAUUAUGUGUGAUUUUAGUUCUGUUAUUCCUGGAUGAGUCCAUGACUAAUAAGUGGCAACUAAUCUCUUUGGCGAGAGAGAUGGAAUCAUUGGUUUCUGUUGCGUUUCUGAGCUCAAUUGAUUAAUUUAAUCUCUGCUGUUCUAGCAGCAGGUGCUUGACUGUUUUAACAAAUUAAGUGGAGCAAACACCCAUUGGGUUUCAACAUUAUAGUCAUUCAGCAGAUACUCUUAUCCAGAGCGACUUACAAGAGAAAUUAGGGUUAAGUGCCUUGCUCAAGGGCACAUUGACCAAUUUUUCACCAAGUCAGCUCUAGGAUUUGAACCAGCAACCUUUCAGCUACUGGUCCAACGCUCUUAAUCGCUAGACUAUCCGUGAAUCUGAUGUGCUCUAUUAGUGCUAUUUACUUGUUUGUUUACCUUUACCAUUAUAUCUCAAAUUUCUUGCCGAAACCGGUGAUCGAAACAGGGACCUUUAGCGGAUGUUCUGAACCCCAGUUCAAUUUGUGUUUGAGCCUUUUAGGGUUCUUGACAGUAACAGCCCUUGGGUGAGGCGUGAGGUGCUACCACUGACAUACAGCUAACCGGCCACACUGUACACCUCGUAUAUAAACAUCUGCGACGCUCGCACCCCUUAUCACCACCGUCCUCAUCUCUGUGGUUUCCCCCGGUGCCCCUUCUACAGAACCAGCCCUACCUCCUCCUAAAUAAAGAAUGCCUUUGACAGGUAUCUGACUGAAGGUAGCCUUUGUCGCUGGACAGGAGCUGUUGUGUGGCUGUAUGUACAGACAAGCCGACACUAGCCGCACUACCCGGCAGCAAACACUAGCCUUUUUACCUCAGUAACAAUAACAUAUCCUUCUCAUUGAGGACGUGAUUGAUGUGACACGUCGGGUUGUUUAAGGGUUGAAAGGGUGUUUUUGUACAGUAUUGGUGAAUAUGGAUACGUUAUCGCAGGCCACAUCAUGUUGUGCAGUUAGUUUAUGUUAUUCUUUUCAGAGUGUGAUCUUGAGAUCGGGACAAUUGACAGAGCGAGACCUUGUUCUGCUUUCCCUCCAGGUGGACCAAGAUGGAGGACAAGGAGGAGGGACAGACCGGGGUUUACCACCAUGCCGUCAGCAGGCGCCCCUUACCACCUGAGUAACUGGAAGGUGAGUGACUCAUUCUGCUUACAGGUGACUUAUUAUCUUCACCAUCAUGAUCAUCAUCUUCGUAAUCACCAUCAUCAUCAUCUACAACUAUUAUCAUCACCUAUCAAUAUCAUCUCAUCGUCAUCCUCCUUAUUAUAGUUGUCAUACUGUUGGCUGUGUUGUUUCUCUGCUCUGUGGACCAUCUCCCAUGAACUAUUGUCCGCUUUUGUAGGUGGUGCUGUGGGUGGUGGUCUCUCUGCUGCCCCUGGUGGAGGGGGCCCAUAUGGGCACUGGUUUGGGGGCAGACUCUGUCCAGGCUGUGGGACUGGUGGGAGGGAUGUGGGAGAGGCAGCUCCCAGACACUCUACCUGAGGUGGAUGGGGAACGAGAGGAGGAGAGUGACCCGUACUCCCCCUGGCAUGGCUUCUCUGGUAAGAGUGGAACCAGGAAGUGCCUUUUAGAUCUCUUAUUUUCAAAAUGUUCAACCGUACCUUAAAUUUAAGCCUUGCACUUGUUAAUCAAGCAUGAUGUUCUCCAUGAAUAGGGAAGAGUAAAAGAAGGGUGUGCAACACGAUUAUAGAGUAUAAGCCACUGUUCUCUCUCUCUCUCUCUCUCUCUCUCUCUCUCUCUCUCUCUCUCUUGCUCUCUCUCGCUCUCUCUCUCUCAGACCCCUCUAUGAUGGACGAAGCGGACGACCACCCCAGUGGCCAGUGGGUGGGACGUUCCCCCCGCAACUCUGACCCCUCAGACGCCGAACCAAAAGGCUCGCCCAAGAAAAAGAAGAAGAGGAAGAAGAAGAAGAAAGAGAAAGAGAGGGAUAAAAAGGCCAAAGGAAAGGUCAGGCGGCUCCAGCAGAGCAGCCCAGACUGCAGGAUGGAGAAACGAGAGAUGCGGGUGCGGGACUUGGGCCUGGGCUUCGACUCGGACGAGAUCGUCCUCUUCAAAUUCUGUGUGGGCUCCUGCCAGUCGUCCAGGACCAACUACGACCUGGCUCUAUGGGCCCUGAUGGAGAACGGGUCCCUGCCGCGGAGGACCUCCCGACGGGUCAGUGCCCACCCCUGCUGCCGGCCUGACCGCUACGAGCCAGUGUCCUUUAUGGACGCCCACACCACGUGGCAGACCAUCCAGUCGCUGUCGGCAGCCAGCUGCAUGUGUAUGGGCUGA